AAGUACCACCACAGUAGGAAACUAGGCCAAACAAAGCACAUAAGCAAAUAAGGGCCCUUUCACGGGGCUAUAUAAACUCAAACACAGUCGACGUUAAGACAUCAGUUGUCAAUUCCAACAACCAACGUCAACAUGAAGCUGUUUAUCAUCGUCGCUGUUUUGGCCGUUGCUGCCGCCGCUCCUUCGGGAUACAAAACCGAGGAGGAGAAAUACGGAAAGGACUACAAAUACCCGGAGAUCACUGUCGUCGGCCAAUCCGACGAGCGCAACCUCGAUGGCAGCAGCAAGUGGAACUACGCUCUGUCUGAUGGCACCACCCGUGAAGAAGCCCAAGAGCAGAAGAAGUUCACCGUCACCAAAGUCGAUGACUACGGCAAAGAAACCAAAGAGGAAGUCUACGGAAACACCAACAAAGGAUCUUCCUACUGGGUUUCUGCUUCGGGAGAGAAAAUUACAUUGACCUGGACCGCCGAUGAUGCUGGAUUCCAGCCCAAGGGUGACCACUUGCCCGUUGCUCCCGUCCACGUCUACGAGCUUCCAGUCGCCCCUGUUCACGAAUACGUUCUGCCCGUUGCUCCCGUGCACGAAUACGAACUUCCAGUUGCUCCCGUCCACAUCCCCUUCAACGGAAAAGGCCACAAAAUCUUUUAAAUUAUCCGACUAUAAGCCUCUAAAUUAAACCCAAUGUAUUCUUCGUCCAAGAUGUCGAAUGCGUUACUGUAAAUACACCCAACGAACAUUCAA